CUUUGCAUUCUCGGCGAGAACUGUCUUUCAGGUGAUGAUAUCCCAUCUGAGAGAUAAGAUCACUUUGGAAACCUACGCUGCGCGACAACAUUAUUCAUAACUUCUAAACUCGAUAUUUGAAUUGAAUUGAGGCAUGGCUCGCUGUCAGUGCGCGUUUCUGCUGCUUCUCGGAUGGAGUUGUGUUUACAGUGGAUAUUGUAUUGUGCUAAAAGAACAUUUCACGGGGCUGAAGAGGAGCGAGGAGUGGGGGAAGCCGGACAGGGCUCGGGUAAAAGAUCACCCCAAGCACGAGAACGACCCGCUUAUACAAGAUACAGUGUCUGAGCACAUGCACGUGCUGUACGAGAAAUACAGCAGAGACGGCUUUCAGUUCAAAGAUGGAAAUACAGUGCGCAGCUUCAGAGCUCACUGGGGUACUAUCAACAGCACUCAGCUGCAGAUCUUUAACUUAACAUCGCUAACCAAGUCAGAAGACGUCCUGUCUGCAACACUACACUACCACAUAGGAGACCUGCAGAACAGCAGUCAAGGCCGUGCCGGGUCAGAGACUUGCGGUCGUCAUGGUCCCAGAAAGCAGACCCAUGUUCAUCUCAGCAUCUGGAGUUUUGCCUCUGUAGAUAAUAAUGCAAGGACUCGGGGCCACUUCCUUAUCAAUGUCUCCACCCUCUACAGGGACUUUAUAUCUUGGCAAUGGAAAGACAUAACGCGCGUCGUCAACCAGGCAAAACAUCACGGUGAACUCUUUAUCGGAAUCAACGUGGCGUCACGAGGGCGCAGACCUUGGACAACGCCGGUGUCGGACCGUUCCUCCUAUAUCCUGGUAUACGCCAAUGACUCGGCUAUCUCGGAGCCGGACAGCGUGGUGUCCGCGCUGCAGCGCCGUACAGGACUUCAUAGACUGGGAGCGAAGACGCACAACGGCACGGCGGAGCGCAGGGCCAGGCGCUCCGCCAACAUUCUCCUCCCUCUGCAAAACAAUGAGCUGCCGGGGACAGAGUAUCCGCACAGACCUCCAGGAUGGGAGGAGACGAACCCCUACGAGCCGCCUGAGAACAGGUCGGCCAAACGCCCCAAGACGAAACCUCGGAAGAACCAUCACCACAAGAUGGCGCUGCUGCAGUUUGAUGAGCAGACAAUGAAAAAGGCUCGCAAGAGGCAGUGGAAUGAGCCACGAAACUGUGCCCGCAGAUACCUGAAGGUGGACUUCGCCGACAUCGGCUGGAGUGAAUGGAUUAUAUCCCCUAAAUACUUCGACGCCUACUAUUGUUCAGGAUCCUGUCAAUUUCCCAUGCCAAAGUCGCUGAAGCCCUCCAAUCACGCCACCAUCCAGAGCAUUGUGCGGGCAGUGGGCGUGGUCCCGGGCAUCCCCGAGCCCUGCUGCGUGCCGGACAGCAUGUCCUCCCUCAGCAUCCUCUUCUUCGACGAGGACAAGAACGUAGUCCUCAAGGUGUACCCCAACAUGACCGUGGACUCCUGUGCCUGCAGAUAAUCCUGCUUCACCCCCUGUCCUCCCACCCCUAACCUCCGCUUCCCCACUGCCCCUUCAAUUUCCUUUUGCACUGGAACAAAGACUGCACCCGAAAUGCUAGCAAAAUGCGAAAGAGUGAAAUGAUUCAUGAAGACUAUCUUUUCCUCUUGUGGAAGCUUGAAAGCAAAAGACAGAAGUGCUGUCGUAACUCCUGAAUCAUGCCUGGGGGAGGAGGGACCGCUCAGCUGAUUUCAUUACAUUUGCAUGAUGUAACGAUAUUUCUGCACCACGGCACGGCAGUUUUCACCCAGACAUGUUGCUCUCUCUCCACUAGAGUCACAGACUGAAUCUUCGUCCUUGAAAGAUGUUCCCUCCCUUUCUGUCAGAUAGAUGAAGGACUGCAAUAUCUAUGUUCCGGCACCACAGGGAAGAAGAUACUCUGUGUCUCAGCUGCAGCGCAAAGAUGCUGAACUCUGGCUGAUAGAGCUGGUCUUUCCAUGUACCCCAGUCUCUGCAGGCUCUUCCCCAGAAUAUCUCUGUGUGUAUGGAGACUGCGUCUCACUGACUCAAU